UCAGAGGUUUGAAUGAUAUUAUUAAGAAAUAUGAAUAUUUAUAAGCAGUUAGAUGAAAAUCUCUCUGAUGACUUGCUUGAUGAAAAUGUGAGCGCUUCUCCUAUCAAGACAUCUCCUAAAUUGGUUAAGAACAUGUCAAGCACUCCAUUCGAGAGCAAGGUUGGUCCAGGCUCAUUUAUCAAGGGAUCCUCUUUCACAGCACGGAGGGUUGAUGAGUAUGCUCGCAGCUGAAAGAAUAUAUCUGAGAUAAAAACAAUAGGACUACACUCACAAAUAUCCUGAAAAGAUGACUUCUGAGGGAAAAGAAAUUUGCAAGACGAAAUCAAAGGACUUCUUCAAAGAGCAAUCCAGAUCCGUAACUCUUCUGAAAGCUCCUCAGACAAGCUAGUCUCAAGCGAAGGAUUAGAAGUUGAGCCUAAUAACUCUUCUUCAUGUUCGAAUAAAAUUGUGACAAUGGAGGAUGUCUUUGCUCCCUAAUAAUUCAUUAACAAUAAUAUUUUGUAA